AGAGGGCGUCUCAUUGUAGGGAGUACUUUUUCACAAAAAAUUGAGGAGAGAGAUUUUUCAGUGUGUUGAAAAGGCAUUACUAGAAACAUAAAAUUUGUACUUUUAAUGGCCUUUGAGAGCGGUAUGAGCGUAUGUGAUGUGAAUAAUCGCAAGUAAGUGAGUGUCUGCAAAGAAAGUUCGUGAUGCAUCUUUAAGCAUACGAUAGCAAUCCUAUAAGCGUGGGACGAUAAACAGAGUGCUGAGAUAUUGAGGUGAGACUUAACUGUGCAAUCAACUUGUGGAAAACUAAAACUAAAAUGUGGAUGUCGACUGGUGCGCAGCCAUGGCGAUAGGCUGAAACGGAAGUGUCUAAAGGCAGACUAGGCAAGUGAUAAUGAUAAUAGUCCUGAUUCUACUCGCGUGUGUGAAUGCCACGCCUGUUAAUCACACCGUAACACACCAACAAGCAUUUACGUCGCGUCUAAAACACCUCGUUGUGGACCGCAACACUGGACGCGUGUUUGUGGGCGGCGUAAAUCGGCUACAUCAGCUAUCACCUGACCUGGAGAUUGUAGCCAUAGCAGUAACAGGUCCCCGAAAUGAUUCAUACGACUGUACAGUACUGGAGUGUCCCAGUGACACAGUGCGUGAACUCACCGACAAUAUAAACAAGGUACUUUUAAUUGACUACAGUACCAGUCGGCUGAUUACAUGCGGCAGUGUAUUCCAAGGAAUUUGCACUGUCCGCUCUUUGCAAAAUGUUACUGAAGUAGAACAGGAAGUACAAGAGGCCGUGGUGGCAAACAACGAGAAUGCGAGUACAGUAGCGUUUAUAGCGCCUGGUCCGCCUGAUCCACCCGCAUCACAUGUUAUGUACGUGGGUGUAACAUUCACUGGUAACAGUCCAUAUCGCAGUGAAAUCCCAACAGUUGCAUCGCGGUCUCUGGAUAAAUCGCGUAUGUUCCAGAUUGCUUCCUCUGCAGUAACUACCGGUACACGUAUCUUCAUCAACAGUUUCUCGCGUGAAUCAUAUCUUGUCAACUAUGUGUACGGAUUCAGCUCAGAAAGAUUCUCUUACUUUCUUACGACUCAGCUCAAGCACAAUAGCCACUCGGCGCCACGUGAAUACAUUAGCAAGCUUGUAAGGAUCUGUCAAGAUGACUCAAAUUACUAUAGCUACACGGAAAUACCCAUUGAUUGCAUUAGUGAGGCAGCCGGCGGCACAAAGUACAAUCUUGUACAAGCAGCGUUUGUAGGCAAACCGGGAUCUGAUUUAGCUGAAAACCUGUCCAUCACACAACAGGAUGACGUACUAUUUGCCGUUUUUAGUGUCGGAAAUGGCAAUCGCACUACAAAUCGCAGCGCUCUCUGUGUAUAUUCACUAAAAGCUAUCAGGCGAAAAUUUAUGCAAAAUAUCAAAGCAUGCUUCAACGGUAAUGGUCCGCGUGGAUUAGACUUCAUUUCUCCAAAUAUGCAGUGCGUUCCAACAAAGUUGCAAACAAUCAGUGAGGAUUUCUGCGGAUUAGACGUAAAUUCGCCAUUGGGAGGGGAGCAACCCAUUGCUGCCAUUCCAGUGGCACUCUUCGCUACGCCUCUUACGGCUGUAGCAGCGACACGCACGAGUGGUUACACGGUGGUAUUUAUUGGAACGGCGCGAGGACAUCUAAAGAAGGUUGUCGUGGAAUCUAGCACGGUUGCUGUAGAAUAUGCCGACAUUGUAGUAGAUGAUGGUAGCAUUGUAAAUGCGGAUAUGCACUUCGAUACACACCAAAUGCACAUCUAUGUCAUGACAGCAAAUAAAGUGUCAAAAGUACGCGUGAAUGACUGUACAAUUUACGCUACAUGUGGUGAAUGCUUGGGAGCUCGAGAUCCAUAUUGUGGGUGGUGUUCAUUAGAGAAUAAGUGUAGUCUGCGCAGUAAUUGUCAGGAUGAUUCUAAUGAUCCACUGUUCUGGGUGAGCUACAAGACUGGCAAAUGCACUACUAUAACAGCCGUAAUGCCACACCAACUACAGAGGACCACCGCAAGAACACUGGAGCUUGUAAUUGACCAUUUGCCAGCGCUUAAGGAACAUUUAGUAUGUGCAUUUACUUUUGGUGAAAAAGUCCUUUUAACGAAUGCCACAAGAAAAAGAAAUGGUGUAAACUGCACAACACCGCGAACGGAUUUACUGCCUCAAAUUCAGCCUGGUCGGCAUCAUUUUACAUCGCGCUUGAGUGUACGUACAGCAACUGGGCCCGAUCUUGUAAUCACUAAUUUUACAUUCUUCGACUGUUCUACUCACCUGUCUUGCACGCAGUGCGUGAGUUCACAGUUUCCCUGCGAUUGGUGUGUGGAAGCUCACCGCUGUACACAUGAUACGGCAGAAAACUGCCGUAAUGAUAUUCUCGUCACAGGUGUAAGCAGAGCAGGUCCAAGUUAUAGAUCGGGACCCACCUUUUGUCCUACUAUUAAUGCUACAGGUGACGGCAGUGAAAUACUCGUAGCUGCAGGCAGCAGGAAAGGCAUAAAGGUAAAAGUACACAUAAUUGGACAAUUCAUCGUUCAAACUAGAUUUGUCUGCCAGUUUAAUAUUGAAGGCCGAGUAACAAGCAUGAAUGCUCAGCUUUUGGGCGAUACAAUAUACUGCGAUCCUAUGGAGUUUAUCUACACAUCCCGUUCACCGAAUCUAACUGCUACCUUUGCAGUGAUUUGGGGUGGAUCGAAACCGUUAGAUAAUCCACAUAACAUCCAUAUUGUUAUUUAUCGUUGUCGUGACAUGUCUGAUAGUUGUGGAAUGUGUUUGGCGUUGGCUGAAAAAUUCUCAUGUGGCUGGUGUUCUUCAUCUAAUAGUUGCGAGGUUGAGGAACAGUGUAAUAAAGGCGAAGGUAAAGUGGACUGGCUUAACAGAGCCCAAACUUGUCCAAAUCCCGAGAUUCACAGUUUCGAACCAAAAACGGGACCAUGGGAGGGUGGCACCAACAUAACAAUCAGAGGUAUCAACUUAGGAAAAAACUUCAGCGAUAUCUACAGCGGUGUAAAAAUAGCAGGAAUCAAUUGUAUGCCAUAUUCUGAUCUAUACAUUGAUACAAAACAGAUUGUAUGCACAGUGGAUAGUCCGGGUGUGCAAGCUUACCGUCACGGACGAAUAGUUGUCCAAAUAAGCGAUUAUCGAGGUGAAUCGAACAUGGACUAUGAGUUUGUUGAUCCUAGAAUCGAUGAAUACCAACCAAAGUUUGGCCCAAUGAGUGGUGGUACAAAAGUAACCAUAUAUGGAAAAUAUUUGAAUGCCGGAAGUAAUAUAACAGCCACAGUAGACAAGCUUCCUUGCGAAAUACUCUCAGCAGAUGAAAACCAAGCUCUAUGUAGAACUAGUCCCGCUACAGAUGAAAUUCGUCGUGGACGGUUGAAAAUGAUGUUUGACAAUGGUCCAAGAGAGUUUCUAGGCGAUGAAUUUGAAUAUGUAGCCGAUCCGGUGAUUAAGUACGUUGCUAGUGGUCCCAGUGGACAACUGAAGGUGCCCAAGGGGAUCCCCGCCGGCGGUAUUAAAAUUACUGUGAUUGGUGAUCACUUCAGCAGUAUCCAAAAGCCGCAAAUGUACGUGUAUUUCGAAGGAAAAAUGUUUGUGUCCCUCUGUGACACUAUCAGUGAUACCGAAAUGUCUUGUGAUUCACCGUCCAUUGAUGCUGAUGCAUCAUUGGACGCUGAUCGACCAAUGCUACUUGAGUAUGGCUUUCACAUGGACGACGUAGCACAUGUUCAGAAUUUAUCAACAAGGAACAAUCACUUUGAGCUGUAUCCAAAUCCAGAAUAUUUGCCGUUUGAGGAGAACGUGAAGUACUACAAAAGCGAAUACUUGACAAUAAAUGGUAAAAACCUGGACAGAGCUUGUAAAGAAACAGACGUCAUCGUUAUGAUUGGAACAGGAUUAUGUAAUAUAACAUCAUUAUCGCGACAACAGUUAACUUGCAGACCACCAAUCGAGGCGAUUGACACUGAAGCUCCUCAAGUAAGCGUCCGCGUAGGUCACAACUUGCAUUUCCAAAUCGGCAUUCUGAGCUAUGCAUCACCAAACUUUAUACACGGUUUUACGAAGAAUAUUAUAGUUGUGGUGGGCGCCAUAGUAGCAAUUGUUUUGGUGAUCUUUAUUGCGUUAGUAGUGGCAUAUCGUAAGAAAACGAGCGAAAGUAAUCGCGUGUUGAAGAAUAUGCAAGAACAAAUGGAUAUUUUGGAGCUGCGAGUAGCUGCAGAGUGUAAAGAAGCAUUCGCGGAGUUGCAGACUGAAAUGACUGACCUCACUGGUGAUCUGACAUCGGGAGGUAUUCCCUUCCUCGACUAUCGUACAUACGCCAUGAAGAUCCUCUUUCCCAACCAUGAUGAUCAUGGUGUUUUGCAAUGGGAACGCUCUGAGCUGCUGCGAAAAGAAAAAGGGUUGCGACUCUUUGGCCAACUCAUCAUGAAUAAAACCUUCUUACUACUCUUCAUUCGCACAUUAGAAAGCAACAGGUACUUUUCUAUGCGCGAGCGUGUAAAUGUUGCCAGUUUGAUUAUGGUGACGCUUCAAUCUAAACUUGAGUAUUGCACUGAUAUCUUAAAGACUCUACUCGCAGAUCUUAUAGAAAAGUGUAUCGACGGAAAAAGUCAUCCAAAGUUACUUCUGCGUCGUACUGAGUCUGUGGCAGAAAAGAUGUUAUCUGCAUGGUUUACUUUUCUGCUUUACAAAUUCCUCAAAGAGUGCGCUGGAGAGCCUUUAUAUAUGCUAUUUCGAGCGGUAAAAGGGCAAGUGGACAAAGGCCCUGUAGAUGCCAUCACACACGAGGCACGGUACUCGCUCAGUGAGGAGAAACUUAUCCGACAACUGAUAGAGUUCAAGUCUAUGACAGUGUAUGCUAGCAUGACUCAGCAACCAAUCUUCUGCAACAAUGUUGAAAUGAUGCCCACUAACACAGAGAACGUGCCAGUUAAAGUGCUGGAUUGUGACACGAUUGGACAAGUUAAAGAAAAAUGCCUGGAUACUAUUUACAGAAAUACACAAUGGAGCCAACGACCUAGACGUGAUGACUUGGAUCUUGAAUGGCGAACAGGAACAUCAGGUCGUGUGAUCUUGUAUGACGAGGAUACUACAUCGAAAAUCGAAAGUGAAUGGAAAAAGCUGAAUACACUUCACCAUUACCGCGUACCUGAUGGUGCAUGGCUUAGUUUAGUACCGAAACAGAGCAGUAUCUAUAAUCUGUCAAUCCUCUCAGAGAAGAAUGACAAAUCACAUAAGUAUGAGACUCUUAACCUUAGCAAGUACGCAUCAUCAUCGCCGCCAUUCAGCCGCGCAGGUUCACCACUCAACAAUGAUGGCCAGGAAAAUGGUGUCAAGUACUGGCAUCUAGUAAAGCACCAUGACACGGACGUCCAGAAAGAAGGCGAACGUGUAAACAAAAUGGUAUCUGAGAUCUAUCUAACACGUCUUCUGGCUACUAAAGGUACUCUGCAAAAGUUCGUGGACGAUCUAUUUGAGACUAUAUUCAGCACAGCACAUCGGGGCUCGGCACUCCCACUUGCCAUCAAAUACAUGUUUGAUUUCCUAGAUGAUCAGGCUAUUUUAAACGGGAUCACAGAUCCUGAAGUAGUACACACAUGGAAAAGCAACAGCCUUCCGCUUCGAUUUUGGGUGAAUCUAAUAAAGAAUCCCAACUUCGUCUUCGAUAUUCACAAAUCUAACAUAGUUGACUCUUGUUUGUCUGUGGUGGCGCAGACAUUCAUGGAUUCAUGUUCAACAUCUGAUCACAGGCUUGGAAAGGAUUCACCGAGUUCCAAGUUGCUGUACGCCAAAGACAUUCCAUCGUAUCGUGAGUGGGUGGAGAGAUACUAUGAAGACAUAAAAAAUAUGCCAGCAAUUUCCGAUCAGGACAUGAAUGCAAUGCUUGCAGAAGAGUCCAGACUGCACACAACGGAGUUCAACACGAAUUGUGCCCUCCAUGAACUUUACACAUAUGCUGUGAAAUACAACGAGCAAUUAACAGUGACACUUGAGGAGGAUGAAUUUUCGCAGAAGCAGCGACUUGCCUACAAACUUGAGCAAGUUCAUAAUAUCAUGUCAUCGGAGUAGAGUCUCAUCGUAUUUCGUUUAAUAUUUAAAAUCAUCUGGUGUCUUUUUGGCUACCCAUUUUAAUUCUGUAACCCACGAGCAUAUUUGUGCGUCUUCAACGACUAUUUUUCUACUUUUAUACGGACCAUAGGGAGAGCGCAAUAAGGUACGGAUCCAACCCAGGCAUGUAUUCUAUAAUAAAAUGCCCAACUAGUUUUGUUUCGUUGAAGAAAUAAGAGUUUAGAGACUUAGUAUGUGCUGUCAUCCUGAGAAAUUAGUGAAAGUGUUGGUUUAUUACUGGUCCAAAUUUACUUAUAAGGCAAGAUAAAACUGUGACAUGAGGGUCUAAAAAGCAAACAGAAAAGCAAAAACUACAAAGCAUUAGCAUACAAUUACUUUUCUCUCCACAUUUUUCUAAUAAAUCUGGACAGAAAAGUGCUCAAACUGGUUGCCAGAUUCUUCUUGUCAAAAGUAAAAUCAUAUUUUUUCGACUCUUUCUGUUGUCUUACAUUCUUCAAUUAACACUUUCUUAUCUUAUUACCAUUUUUCGAAAUGGAUUGUAAAACUAUCAAGAAAAAAUAUAGAAAAGUUUUGUGUACAAAACUCAUUGAUGCUUUGGUCAAAAUCGUUUCUAGAUAUUUGCAAUAUUUGUGCAAUGGGUGAGCAAUGGGAAUUUGAUUAAACAAUAUUUUCGCGAAUUGACAAUUCAGUGACUCUAUUUACGCUGUUUUGAAGCAAAAAGUCCUAUUUAAUUGGGCCAAACCGUGUUUGUGACCACUAAAUAAACGAUUAAAACUAUUUCCAAUCGAAAGCUUAAAAACUUUCAAACACAAAUUAAAUUAAAAUAUUUGAGAGAGAAAUACUACAUGACUACUAAUGUGGACACGCAAGGAGCUUUCAGUAAAAAAUAUAGACAAACAAAAAUGAUAAAAGAUUUUGCUUUACUGAAGUUUAUAUGAAAUCAAAAAUUCAGCCAUUAUUUUUUUUCUAAACAGGUAUAUGUAAAUGCAUUUUCUUGCUUCUUGAUUUUACCCAGUAGCAGUAUAAAGAACAAAAGUUGAAAGUAAAAAUAUCAAAUUGUUCUGAUAUUAUUUGUACAAAACACAUAUCACAUAUAAGUGAAUUAGUAAAAUGAAACUAAAUUUCGUCUCAUUAUAUAUUAUUUCGUAUUUCGUUUCCUCUGCACAUAAUACAUUUUUGUGGUCUCGUCAUAAUAAAUAAUUUAACCUUUAGUAUUUGAAAAUGCUUACUAAACAAUCUUUUCCCAUUCAAUUACAAUAUUAAGGGAAAAAAACUGAAACUUUGCUCUUUCCAAGGCCAUAUGUUCAGAGCGAAUGUAAUAGUUGGACCGGUAAACCAUCACGUACCCUAUACAAUCAGUGGGUGAAUAAUAUGGUAAUCUGAUCGAGUUCUGCUUAUUCCUUUUUCUCUUAUUUCUAGCAAAAUUUUUAUAUUGCUGAACAUAUAAUUGAGAAUUUAUUUAGGAAUAUUUUUUGUACAUUCCUUGUUUUAUACUUCGACCACUUGCAGACCAAAUAUACCCGGAACCAGUGGCACCUGAAAAAUGUUAAACGGAGUAUCUGAGGAUUCAUUCAAAAAUGUAAGACAAACACAAAAAAAAGUUCUGAGAAUUCAAGAAAACCUUCAGACACUAUUUCCAUGGUUCAGAAAGAAAAUCUUGGCUUUAAGACUAAGUUGUCCUCUUUCAGAUCUUCUGAACUGAACUUGAAGUUUUCAACUGUUGACUGGUGAAAUAAAAUAUAUUCGGCAAAGCUUUUCGGGAAUUUCUGGUUCGAGGUAUAUUUUGUAUUUUAUCGAGGAUUGAAAAUUAGCAUAUUUCGGCAAUCUCUUUGCCAAUCGAAAGUCGAUACAAAAGGCUACAUUUAUCUCGAAGCUCAAGUCUGUAGCUGUAACAGAGCUGACAUUAUGGAGCUCGAAAUUUUGAAAUUUUACAAAAAAAAUUUAGGAGAUUUUGGUUCGAGUGUUUUAAAACAAAUUAAACACAGCCAUUAAAAAAUAAUUAAAUGCAUUCGUGUAUGAAAUGAAUUCAAUAUUGUAAUUCCUGAAAAAAAAGGAAAAUUAAAGCAACUGAAAGAAAAGCAAAAAUCAGUGUGUGGAUAUGUGUUUAACUCAGUGUCGUUGCUGGAAUGUAGCUUACAAAGAAUUAUGAUUAACGAAAAGUGAAUUUUACUAUACAAAAUGGAGAAGUAAUAAAUAUUUCUUCACUGAAUGAUAACGAAAAGAACAUUUUGAUAUAGGCUGGAAUCAGUGUUGAAUCAAUGUAACUAUCAAACCACUUCUUUUUUCCAUCCACGCCACUUUAUGUACCCAAAGUUUUGUAAAAAUAAGACAUGCUAGAGUUUCAUGUUCAUUGUAUGUGUUGAAAAAUAUGUAAAAAUAAAAUUUCGUGACUUUCUGUAUUUUCAAAGACUGAUUUUCAUGAAAAGAAAUUAAAGAGUAAAAGUGGUAUGACGGUAAAAAUGCACGUUUUGAAAACUUUUUUUUUUCAAACUUACCGAGGGCACUUUUCACUACACAAUCAAUACUUAUUCAGUUUAUUUUGUUUCUGAAUAAGUUAUGUCAGUAUAUCAGAAAAAGCACAAUAUGAAAAAUAUGAAUUUAUCACUUGGAUAUAUAUAUGUCUAAGCGACUUUUCCAAUUGAAUUGUUAGGUACUUUAAUUUUUUGCAUUGUUCGCUAUCAUAAAUCCAGCAUGAAAGUCACACUUCUUCCAUUUUUCUGUGAGCAAGAAAGAAGCAUUAAAAAUUUUAUUUAAGAAAAAUGCAUAUCCAAUUUUAUAUUUUCUUUUGAUGAAAGAGUAAAUAAUAGAAAACACAUUACGUGGGGAUUGAAAAAAGAAUUAUUUAAUAAUAAAAUUGUCUUAUAAGAUCAAUUCAAAAGAAUGGGAAGAUAGAGGUGCAUUUCAUCUCGAAAUGAUGGUCUUGAUGGACAUAAAACUUUAAAAAAAAACUAUCUGUAACAAAGUUUAAAAUGAAAAUGUGAAUAACAUUUCCUUGUACCUCAACAAAAUCUUAACUGAAUGCAUAUUAUACACAUUCCCUUCAUUUUUCCAUGAAGAGGAUAAAAUGACUUGAAUUCUUCUCGUAUUACGUAAAGUGUUAUGUAAAUAUAUUUACAUAAAAAAUUAAAUUAGGUGAAUUUUAAAAUUUUCUUUCCAUUAUGAGUGUCUGAAUACUUUGAUUGAAUUCUAUUAAUCGAAGCUCGGCUAUUCAAAUAAUAUCACGAUGAAAUAGUUAAAAUAUAAGGACCUGAUAUUUUUCGGUUCGUUUUAUUUCAGCUUUUUGGAUUUUUCAAUUUAUUUAUAAUCGAAAAAUUAUAUUUGACCUACGGUUGUGUCUGCUAUAUUUUUAGGUUAUCGGUAAUCUACAUUUUUCUUUUUUUUUCAAUUAUACAAUUGCCUUCGGAAACUGUGGGUAAUAACUCUGUUUUCAUCCUUUUUUGUGUUUUUUUUUUCUUUGAAAACAGAUCUUGUGUUGCACGCAAUGCAUUUAAUUUUGAAUGCAUCAUGAAUCGCUCCUUUCUCUCGGAUAAUGAAUUAUGCUCUUUAAGUAUCUUACGCUUAAAAAGUCAAAUACUGACAUAUUAACUGAAACAAGGCAAUUAACUCUAGGCCGAAGAUUAAUCAACUUUGUCAACAAGUUAAAUUAUCAGUUUUAACAUGCGACUUUGAUUGGAUUUUAAAUUCUUCUAUAUCUGUUCUUGGAAACAACGAGUCAAAAAAUCUAUGGGUUGCGUGAGAAGUUUGCAAAAUGAUUUAUUUGUUUUUAUUUACUACAAAAAUCAGUGACAAAAAUCUUCUAAUACUGGAAACAUUGUAAACACAGGAAGUGAACAAUGCAGUAUAAACCUUCUGUUAUUUUAAAAGUUUUUUCUCACUUUUUUAUUUUUCUUUAUAGAAGAACUACACUCAAAUCAAAUUUUAAACAGUAGUAAAAUUUUUUUAUGUGCCAUUGCUAUUUUCUGUUCUUUUUCUUUAUAUCAAAGAAAAGAAACUGUAUAUCAAUCGAAAAGUAUGUGUGUUUUAUCCUUGCCAAGCCCCUAAACCAUUCCCUCUCUAUUAAUUGUCCUAAAUAAAAGACAUAUUGUAGAUCGUAAAGCCAACGCUAAAACAUUAUUCACGCAAGGACUUCUGUUUAGACAGCCCUUGAGCCUCCUGUAUAUAGUUAUGUUUCAUUUUCCAUUUUUCUAAAGUAUAGACAAAAGGCAUACACCAUAGGCAAGUACACAACUGAUUAAGGUCAGAAUAAAGGAGCUUCAAUUGCUCGGUAAAAGUGAAGUUUGAUAAAAAGAGAUGAUAUAAGUGAAAUGGAAUAACAAAAAAUAAAAAACUAUAUAUACAUGUCACACUCUAUGAAUGAAUGUCUAUUUUUAUGGUUUUAUUAUAAAUUAAAUGAUUUUUGUAAAAAUAAAUGUAAUAUUCAUACA